AUGGCACCAAAGCAAGCUAUGGCUGGCACAAAAGUCGCUAAACGAGGAGACGACAAGAAGAAGUCUCGCAAGGAUCCAGAUGCUCCCAAGCGUCCUCUCUCUGCCUUUAUGAUCUUUUCAAAGGAAAACCGUCCUAGGAUUAGAGAAGAAAACCCAGAUGCAUCCUUUGGUGAUCUCGGAAAACUUCUUGGAGCGGCAUGGAGAGAACUAAAUGACAAGGAUAAGCAGGUUUAUACUGACAAGGCAGACGAGGACAAGGGACGCUAUGAGCGUGAAAUGUCGACCUACAAGCCAACCUAA